GCAUCAAGUUCUUAAAACACAAACCGGAAAUGUUUUUUUUUUUUAGCUUAAAGCUAACGCCAACUACGUGGUUGGUUUGCUGCUAAACGGUUAAAUGUAAGUGUUUUCUUGUUAACGAGUUGGUCUUUUAAACUGUAUUAAUAAGGAAAUAGUCCCGGUAAACUCGACAGAGAGUUGUCUUCCUGCUCUGGGAUCACUCCGCCGCCUUCGCUGCGCUCUUCGGCCUCGUUUCCAGCCUCAGUCGGUGGAUGAGCCUGGCCAGUCGCCGCCUUCCUAGAUGAAGAUGUCCCUGGCUCAGCGAGUCUUCCUCUCCUGGAUCUUCGCCCUGGUCUUCCUCAUCAUGCUUGCCCUCAAGCUGGACUCCAAAAUCCACUGGAACUGGUUCCUGAUCUUCCUCCCCGUCUGGACCUUUGACACCAUCCUCAUCCUCAUGCAGAUCGUGGAGAUGGCGGGUCGCUGCAAGCCGGACUUUGACCCCAGGGACGAGGAGAAGAGCGUGAAGAGGAGGCUGUGGUACCUGACAGCCCUGCUCCUCAAGCUGGCCUUCUGUCUGACUCUGUGCUCCCGGCUGGAGAAGCUGACGGACAUCUGGGUCAGUGUGGUGUGUGUCCCACUUUGGGUCCUGCUGGGUGGAGCGCUGCUGGAACUGGGAUACAGUGUAUUCCACUACAGGAGGGACUUGAACGAGGGGGAGAAACCCUUACAAAACGGACACAUUGUUAUUUUUAAAAUAUAUAUUCACCUCUUAACUGAGGAUGCACAGUUUUAGUUAUUAUUUUAAAAUCUGCUGCUCUUCAGUUGUAUGGGACUGCAUCAUAACAAGAGAAAACUUUGGUAUAAUUUUCUCUCAUCAGUAGGAGUUCAUUGUCAUUGCCUGACUAAAUUGCACUUUGCUUUAGAUCUGACAACUUCACCUCAAUUUCAACUUGUCUGGGACUGUUAAAUUAAAUCCAGCCCUCUUUUAAUUUUUACUCACAAUGCCGCUUUAUAACAAUUUUAAAGUAAAAUUUAAAAAAAGAGACUUAAACUGGUUUUGAGAUCCUCCAUGAACAUAAUUUUUUCAUUUUUACUGCACUGUGUCAGAGGUUUUGUGCUCUUUUGUUCUCCAAGGUGAUAAAAGUCAACAGUUAUGUGGAUGGAAUAAAUAUUCUUUACAUGUUGGCUGUAGCUGGUAAGGACAGAUUUACAAAUGUAUUCAUAAACCUUGAACUGUAUUUUGUCACAUUAUCACCACAGAUAUUGAUGCAUUUCAUGGGGAUGUAAUGUGAUAGAGCAGCGCAGCGAAUUAUGCAGAAUCUUAAAGUGGAAAGGAAAAAAUAUAUGAUUCUUAUUCUAAGAAUAAAAAUAAU